UUCAAAUAGUUAUGUAAUUCCUGCAUGUGGAGUUAUAAUUUGUAAAAUAAAAACCUGCGAAAAAUAAUAAAUAAACUAUCAAACUACUUUACUACAUGUUAUUUUUCAGUUUUAAUUUAUUCUAUAGCAAAUUGCAACAACUCAAUAAAAAAUAGCAUUAUUGAGAUAUAUAUUAUUUAAUUAAUUGACUAUUGAAAUAACUAAUAAGAAGAAGAUGGCUCAAUCUUUCAACACAGUCAUCAUCAUAGGAGCAGGUGUAUCAGGAAUUGCAGCUGCUACUAAACUACUGAAGAAUAACUUCAAUAAUUUUAUCAUAUUGGAAGCUGAAAACCGUAUUGGUGGUCGCAUUCAAACUUUACCCUUUGGUGAUGGGCAUAUUGAACUAGGAGCACAAUGGAUUCAUGGAGAAGAAGGAAAUGUAGUAUUCCAAAUGGCUUCUGCUCAAAAUUUAGUAUCCGAUAAAAGAGAAACAAUACAGCAAUUUACUAAUUCUAAAUUUGUAACAUCAUCAGGUCUUGAAAUAAAAUCUAAUCAUCUUCGUGAAUACUUAAAAGUAGCUUAUUCUGUACUUGAUGAUAGCCCAAAGGAUGAUUUAGAACGAUUCAUGUCGUUAGGAGAACUUUUUCAAAAAAGAAUUGAAAAUGUCUUAGUUGACUCAGAAGAAUUACCCCUGAAGCAAUUUAUAAAUUGGUGCCAACAUUAUCAAAAUUCUUAUACUGGAAGUGAUAGUUGGUUUGAAGCAUCUGCAAUUAAUAUAGACACAUAUAAAUCUUGCCCUGGUUAUCCUGCAAUUAGUUGGAAAUCAAAAGGAUAUUCAACUGUUAUAGAUUUAUUACAGGAAAAGUUCAAUGGUGAAGUAGAAGAUCUACAUAUAAAAGAAAAAGUAAUAUUUGGAAAAGAAGUUGUAAAAAUAUAUUGGUCUGGUGAUCAAGCAGAAGUAUUAUGUGCUGAUAAUAGUCGUUUUAAAGCACAAUGUAUUUUAAAUACAAUGAGUCUUGGCGUUUUAAAAAAUGUAUGUAAUGAAUUAUUUGAACCUGAACUUCCUGAAUAUAAAUUAAAAGCUAUACAGAAUUUAGGUAUUGGGACUGUCGAUAAAUUAUUUUUGAAAUUUCCAUAUUCAUGGUGGUCUAAAAACACCACAGGGUUUAGUUUCUUAUGGUCUGAUGAUGAUCGUGAAAAAUUCAUUAAAGAAAAUAAAAGACGUGGUUGGGAUUAUCUAUGUGAUGUAUUUGGUUUUUAUAUCUGUGAUAAUUGUCCAGAUACACUCCUUGGAUGGAUAGUUGGUCCUGCUGCAAGAAACAUGGAACGGAAAUCUUUAGAUGAGAUAAAAAUUGGAUUGAUGUAUUUAUUGAAUAAAUUUUUGGGAGACAAAUACACUAUACCAUUUCCAGAUUUGGUAACUAGAUCUCAAUGGGGUUCCAAUAGCCACUUUUAUGGCUCAUAUUCUUUUCAUUCUAUGAACACUGAUAAAGAAGGAAAAGCUAAUAGUCAAUUAGCAAAACCUUUAAUUAAUUCUAAUGGAAAAAAUAUUUUACUGUUUGGUGGUGAAGCAACACAUAGUUCUUAUUUUUCAACUGUGCAUGGAGCAAUUGAAACUGGUUGGCGUGAAGCAGACAGGAUAUUGGAACAAUUUAUAGAAUAAAUAUUGAAAUAUUUUUAAUUUAACAAUGUUAGUUUACUUCUUAUAUUUCAUUA